GCGGCCCGGGGGCGCCGCGCGCCGCGCUCAACAUGGCGGCUGCGCUCCUCCGGCCGCACCCACGUGGGCGACGCGUCGGUUACGUCACCUCUUCCCUCUCACCGGAAGCGGCGGCCGGGCUGCUAUGGAGACGGGCGAGGAGCGGCCGGGGCUGGCGCCGACGCUCCGGGCGCUGAACGUGGCGCUGGGGCGGCCCGCGUCUCUCUGGGUGAAGGAGAGCAGCGCCCGCAACCUGCGGCACCGCGACUUCCUGGCGCCGCGGGCUGCGCUCGGGGCCGCCUUCGCCGGGGGGCAGGUGCCCUCCGAUGUCGUCGCGGCCGUGACGGCGCUGGGCGGCCCGGGGGUGCUGGCGGUGCGUGGCUGCCGGCAGACGGCGGCGGGGCUGGAGGUGCGGCUGCAGCGCUGCGAGGCCUUCCGGCGCUUGCUGGACCCCCAGCCCGGCCCUGGCCCCGCCCCCCUACCCGGCCCGCAGGCGGCGGUGGUGCUGCACUGUCCGGCCCUGCGGUGCCCCGGAGGCCUGACGCCUCGCCGCCUGCGCCCCGUGCUGCUCGCUGACCACUUGGCCCAGCUGCUGCGUGCCCAAGGGCUCAGCACGUUCCUGGUGCCUGCUGUCACCGACAAGCGGAGCCAGGAGGUCCUGCAGCAGCUCCGUGUGGAAUGGCCUUCCAGCAGCACAGCCAGCCCUGAGACUCUGUCAGCCUUGAAGCAAUCUCUCAGCCAGUGCCACUAUGCCACACAUUCUGAAAGGAGGUCAGGUGUGGCCUCGCCGCCUGAGGACAUCAUUUGUAAAGUACACCUGAAAAGCUAUGUGGAGCAGCAGGGCCUGGAAGGCUAUGACCCCAACCUGGGAGUCCUCCUUGUGACAGAGGAGAAGCUGCGGUCCCUGGCUGAACUCCAGCAAGCUGUGCUGCAGGGCAUGGCAGGGUGCCAGGGGAGCUGCUGCAGUGUGGUGCACAUAGUGAGCUGCGAGGAGGAAUUCCAGCAGCAGCAAAUGGAUCUGUUAUGGAGGAUUUUGGAUCCAGGAGCCAGCAUGGAUUUGCAGAAGCACCUUGUCUGUGGACCAGUGAAGGUGACAAACCCCUUAUCCCCCAUCAGUGCAGACCAUUACUUUCAGCUCAGGAAACGCCAGAUGUAUGAAGCCUCUGUCAUGAAAUAUGGGGAGCUUGCACAAGACGAGGCCUGGACUGAGGUUAUUGAUAUCCUGACGGUGGCUGCCAUCAGGUUUGAGAUGCUGAGCACUGCCCACCGGAGCCAGAUCACCCUGGACCUGGAGGACAGCAGCAUUUCUACAAAGGGAACCAAGAGUGGUGCCUUUGUGAUGUACAACUGUGCCCGGCUGGCCACGCUCUUUGACACAUACCAGCGGGCUGUAGAGCGAGGCACAUACCCACCUCUGCCACCAGCAUCAGAACUGAACUUCUCCUGCCUCCGGGAAGAAGGUGAAUGGCUCCUCCUCUUCAACUACCUCUUGCCCUUCCCAGAAGUCUUGCAGCAAGCAGCACAGCUGCCCCCACCCAGCAAGGGGCUCCGGGUCACAGCCAACACAGAGGCAGUGUGCAAGUUCCUGAUCCAGCUCAGCAUGGAUUUCAGCUCCUACUACAACCGGGUUCACAUUCUCGGGGAGCCAUUCCCUCACCUCUUUGACCAGAUGUUUGCACGCCUCCAGCUGCUGGGAGCAGUGAGGGACAUGUUCCAUAGUGCCCUGGCAACUCUGCACCUCCCUCCUCUCAGCCAGAUCUGAGCCACCACUGAGGACUGUUGCCACGGAGUGACAAACAGCAGUGCUACAAGGGGCAGAACAGGGUACUUCCUCCCAGGCCAGGCACUGGGCUGCUUCUUGGUCAGAGACUGGGAGUUGGGGUCCAUCUGAAUCUCACUGUGGGGCUCCUCCUCCUCGGUGCCCACAAAGGAAGGAAGCACAAGGGACUGAGGCACCCAUAAAGCCAGGCACCAAUCUGUUCCCUCAAAGCUGUUUAUUGAAGGGGAGCUCUGUGCUGGCAGAGAGCUCCUGAGCCUCAAGGGCUGCUGUCCUGCCUCGUGCCAAGUCCUAACAUUAGGGCUGAAUACAUUUAUUGCUGGACAAAUGCUGUGUCUGACCUAGCAGUGAUAACUGAGGAGGGGGAGGGAAAGAUGGGUAGAAGAAAGGUCUGUGCUGUGCACAGGAGUGGGAGUACCUUGCUGCAGGAGCAAGGUUAAGCAGUGCUUGCAAGCAGCCCCAUGUUCCAAUAGCACAGUCCAGCCUUUCUGGCCGAAGGCUGUGUACAGCUUCUUAUCCUUCCUGUGCCUUGGCUGCCUGCAGGUCUGCUGCUGCACAGGAACAACCCUGCCAGCCUGAGGAAGGCACUGAAGGACUGCUCUUAUAGGGCUGGCCUGGCGGGGCACAACAAACAAACAGUGUGCUGCAGCCCUCUGUUCCCCAGCAGCUCUGUACCUUUCUUGGCCUCCUGCUGCCCUCAAUCCUCCCAGCAUGUGGAGAGCUCUGGCUCUCCCUGUGGGACAGAGGGAUGUCCAUCCUCCUCGAGGAGGACAGCACAGCUGCAUCACUGCACACACACAGGGCACCUGGAGCAGUGUGCUGGGACGUUCCUUUGCUCUCAUUGUCCCCAUGCAGAUGGGGA